UCCUCUCUCUUUCCUCACACACACACCAAUUCCAUACAUACGAUUCACAAGAUAUUCAGAUCAAGAUGAUGACCGUCCAGAGAUGUGUGGGUGUUACCGCUGUUCUAGUGAUGACGAUGGUUUCUCUCGCCGAGGCUAUCACUAUUAACGAGACGGAUCCUUCGCGGCAGUCUGGCUUCCUGUACCUGACGCCGGAGCGGAGACUGGCGAUGCCCCCCAAAAGCGUACUGGUCCUCACCCCCACCCUGAGUCUUCCGAUGGGCAGGAACCUUCCUACUGCUUUUGCCUCGUCCAUGGCUAUCUCCAUCCCCCUCACGAUUAAUUUUGACGACCUUGGAUUGACAUCCGAAGAGAACAGGUGGGGUAUUAUUGAGGGAUUCGAUAAUCCAUCUCCAGGUGACUUGGCUGGUGGCGUGAGGGAGGUGAUGUAUAAGGUGGUGGAGGAGAGUCUGCAGUCAGUGGGCCUGGACGGAAAGGCCUGCCUUCUUCGCGCCAUGUGCGAGAUGUUCGAACUUCCUCUUCCAAACCACGGAUUCAUCGGUGAACUGCUUGACCUGUUCUUUAGCGCCAGCCGGGCUGCAAAGGGGAAGAACAGCUUGGAGCAUUACACCAAGGCGGAGAUGCAAGGCAAGACGGGCCAAGACUGUACGCCGUACCACGAGGCGUGUCCCUACUCAUUCUUCGAGGUUCCUGCAAGCAGUAAUUCGACUGGCACUGGUAGCACUAAAUAACGCAACUCACCAAUGGCUAACUCUCACGAAGUAAAAAUCGACUUACGUCCUUAUUUAUGACUGUUAUUUAAUAGGUUAUGUUCAAAAGAAACUGGAACUAUCUAUUUUGAUUUUUUAAAUCAGUUUAGGCGCUGUUUGUCUGCAAUACAGCAUGUAGCCUUGACUCGGCAGUUGUGGUAAAAAUAUUCCAGUGCUUUGCGAUGAAAUCAGUUGAACGACUGGCUCUGUGAUGCCACGCCCGCUCUCCAAACACCUCCGCACUGGGCAUCUCGAAGAAACUCAGUAACAUAUUCUGUGAAGGCGGCGCAGGUGGCCGCGGAGGAGGUCUGAUCAACUGACAGUGUAUGACCUUGUGAUCUCGUUUAUUUUUAUCAUGAGUAUGUUCCAGUGUCCCUUUUUUUUUUGUUACAUUCUAUGUUUUUAAUAUAAUAAAACUUUGACGAAUCA